GCACGGUGGUGGGUCCAGUCGUCACUGGUCGUCAUACGCAGCAACUUCUCCGGAGCACUCCUCUAACAACCAGUUCUUGUGACUAUGAUGCCGAAGUGGGUACGCAGCUUGAAGACGACUGCAUGAACUCGGUCGACGCAGAGUGAGACACGCGGCUUUGACAACGGCUUUCGGAUGUGGUGCAUGCUGCAACUCAGGUGAAAGAGGGCAUGUGCUAAUUGUUAGGAUGAAGGAGGAGAGUUUAUUCCAACGGAGGCUUUCUCUGUGUCCAAAUGCCACUUCCCCACCCAAAAUCGACCCCCGCCCCCUCACCAGGAACUUGUCCUUUGGAGACUACAACCUCAGUCCAGGCAGUGAGGCAGACAGGCACGAUCUCUCAGUGAUGACUAAUGAACUUAGUCCUGCCCAGUCACCAGGCAGCAAGUCUGAGUCAAGGAUGUUUAAUGGUCUUGAGAAGGAUUGUCCCUCCCCGACAGAAAAGCUUGCUCGAAAGGAGUCUCUUAAGGUCCAAAAGCAGAAUUACCGGCAAGAAAAGAAACGGGCAGCCAAAGAAUUGUUUAGUGCGCUGAAGGACCCGAGUGUUGUCAUUAUGUCCAACUGGCUAAAGAUCCGUGGCUCUUUAAAAAGUUGGACCAAGCUGUGGUGUGUCCUGAAGCCUGGAGUUCUCUUGAUCUAUAAGACCCCGAAAACAGACCAAUGGGUUGGUACCAUCCUGCUGAGUGCCUGCAAACUCAUCGAGAGGCCCUCAAAGAAGGACGGCUUCUGUUUCAAGCUUUACCAUCCACUGGACAAGUCCAUUUGGGCUGUCAAGGGUCCCAAAGGAGAGAAUGUUGGAUCCAUCACACAGCCUUUACCAAGCAACUACCUGAUUUUCAGAGCUGCUUCUGAGUCUGAUGGUCGAUGCUGGAUGGAUGCCCUGGAGAUUGCACUCAGUUGCUCCAGCCUCUACAAGCUAACGGCCAAAUCAGGAAAAGAUGGAGAUAUCAGCACCGCUUCAGAGUCUUCCCAUUUUCUCCAUCUUUUGCAGUCUACCGCACUCACAGACGCAGAGCUUUUGCAGCUGAAUGCAUCUGUACUGCUCGGCAACCACAUGGACCAUGACGAAUUUUCAGAUAAAUCAGAGCGCGACGGUCACGAUGACUGGGACGCCUCCGCAAUUGAUAAUGGAGGAAGGUUGACAGAGGAGAGCGAUGUGGACCAAUCAGAUGAGGCAGUGUCUCCCAUGCCGCAGGGGACAGUUUAUGUGGAGCAGGGUACAGAAGAGAUGGCUGAGGCUGGGGAAGCGUCACAGGUGGAGACUGUUUCAGAGGAGAACAAGGGUCUGAUCUGGGGUAUUUUAAAGCAACUGCGGCCAGGCAUGGACCUCUCCAAGGUGGUGCUGCCCACCUUCAUUUUAGAGCCUCGCUCCUUUCUGGACAAGCUCUCUGACUACUACUAUCACGCCGAUCUGCUUUCACAAGCUACACUGGAGGACAGUGCAUAUGGUCGGAUGAAGCAGGUGCUCAGAUGGUACUUGUCUGGUUUUUACAAAAAGCCCAAGGGUUUAAAGAAGCCUUACAACCCAAUAUUGGGAGAAACCUUUCGCUGCUGCUGGCCUCACCCCCAAAGUGACAGCUGUACGUUCUACAUAGCUGAGCAGGUGUCCCACCAUCCACCCAUCUCUGCCUUUUAUGUCUGCAAUAGGAAGGAUGGUUUUUCAAUCAGCGGAAGCAUCCUGGCAAAGUCCAAAUUCUACGGAAAUUCUCUGUCUGCCAUUCUGGACGGCAAAGCUCGACUGCUGUUUCUGAGCAGAGAGGAGGAAUAUGUCAUCACCAUGCCCUAUGCUCACUGCAAAGGAAUCCUUUAUGGCACUAUGACGCUAGAGCUGGGUGGGAAGGUUACCAUAGAGUGUGAGAAAACAAAGUGUUUCACCGAGCUGGAGUUCAAACUAAAGCCUUUCCUGGGAGGCUCCUGUGCUGUGAAUCAGAUAAGUGGCAAGAUCUUUGUGGGGGACGAGCUUGCUGCCACAGUGGACGGACACUGGGACAAUGAGGUUUUUAUUCACGAGAAGCGGUCCGGACAGCAGGCAACACUGUGGAACCCUAGCCCCGAUGUGCGCAUCCGUCGUCUUAAGAGAAGAGUGGUCCACUCGGACCAGCAGGGAGAGUUUGAGUCCGAAAGACUGUGGCAGCAUGUGACGAGUGCCAUCACAGACCGGGACCAGGUGCGGGCCACACAGGAAAAGUUUGUUUUGGAGGAAGCUCAGCGCAAAGAGGCCAGGGAGCGGGGAGAUAAACCAUGGACCCCACGGCUUUUUCACCAGGACCCAGUGACCGCAGAGUGGACAUACAAGCAUAUGGAGACUCAACUGUGGGAGCCUGAGCGUUGUGUGGUUCAGUUUGAGAGGGAUGGAGUGAUCCAAACGCAGGAGAAAACGCAAAGACGGCAGCACAGUGGACUCUCGUAUACUGAGAGUUGGGCCAGCCAGCGCAAGACUGAGGUGAAUAGGAUGUACAGGAAAGCCAGCAGCCAACCAUCAAGCUGCAGCCAGAACACAGAAAGCAGCAGCACCACUCCAGAACCAACACACGAGUCUUCUGAUAACGAGGGGUUCUCAAAGCAUUGUGCACGAUGCAGCAAGGAUGUGGCUCUCCUCCAGACCUCCAUCUCCUCCAUCCAGAAGACACAGCAAGACAUUCAGAGGAACCUGUCGGCUCUGAGUCGUCAGCUCACUGGGCAGUGGGCAGCCGACGACAGUGUGUCGUGGAUCGGCCGUCACUGCUUGAUAGUCUGCGUUGUGCUCUUCUUUCAUUUCCUCCUCAACUACGUGUUCACUUGAGAAAACAAAACCUAAGAAGAGUUCUCUGUCCAGCACUGAUCUGGCAUCAGGUCCCCCCUACCCCCGCCCCUCGCGCACCCACAAGCACAAACUAAUCAACAGGGGGUCUUAGAACUCAGAUGUGUAUUGGGUGAACCUUUUUUUUUUUUUGUAUAAGAGGCUUAGCAUGAACUAUAUAGCAAUAAACACAGCCAACGCCUGUCAGAUAAAUGGCACCCCCUACUGUAGCCAGACUGAAACAGCACCGGCACCAACGCACUUUGGACAAGGACAUAGGGGAGCUUUCAUUGUAUAAUGAAGAAUGAAUGAAGAAUUAGUAAGAAGAUUUUCGCAUCCCUUACUGUCUUUUUAUCUACUUGCCCUGCAAUACUGUGUAUCUGUGAGUGUGUUGUUUGGGUUAGAUCGCCUCUCCAAUGUCUCCUACACCACUAUUCCACAUUUUGGGCCUUAACGCUAAUGCCAAAAAAAAAAAGAGGAAAAAAAAACAUGUGGUAUACAAACACAGAAGGAACAUCUUCCAACAGUGCAAUUAUGCGUUUUGUAUUUACUGUAUUCUCACAUCCGUUCCUUUUGGUCUUUUAAACUAGAAUUAAUUUUACCAAAAGAGUAUUUCUAACAGGGAAGGACAGUGUGUUGUUGUUUACAGGGAGCACUGUGUGUUUCUAUGGACACAUACUGUAAGAAGGAAGACCUGAAGAGCGCAGGAGCCAUACAGAGUGUCCUUUUUUUUUUUUUUUUUACGGUGUGCCUGCUGUGGCCUAACAGAAGAAGGACAAAAGUGCAAAAGUGUAGCACUGCUUUGCUGCGCAGCAUGAUUUGGCCAAUGAAAUAUUUUCUGAAUGCCAUUUAGGUUUUUUUCUUUUGUCAGAAGUGGCCUUCAGUAAAAUGGGUAAAAAUCCAGAAGGAUCAAUCAGUGUCACCAAUCCUUUCCUCACUUCCGAAAUAUGUACACGUGUACAUAUAUAACACUAUCUUAUACAUUUCUAUGAUUUGGUCUGCAGUUUCAGCUCUUAACUAGCCAGCUUGAAGAAACGUUUUAGUGGGAUGUCUGCUUCCAAAUGUAAAUACCCUGAAAAGGUCAAAGUGAAAGUGAGUUCUCUCGGGAAAUGAAGUCAUCCGGUUGUUUCUCAUCAUUUGCCUGUUUCUGUCCCAUUGUUUGUUAAACAUUCAUGUGAUCACCUUGGUCCACAACAUCUUCAAGUGACUUUAAAGAUGUUAAACACUUAAUGAUUUCUUCUUUUCCAAGUGUGUACAUAUUUGUCUGCGGUGCAUUUACAGUCCAUGUAGGAUUUCCGAAUGUAUUUAUUGUGUGAUUUAGCCUCUUGGUAACUAACUUCAUCUCGGGAGGAGAGAGUUAAGAGACCAGGGAUGACAAUCGUACUCCCAGAAUUGUGUGAUAUCUUCUAAUGUGUGUGUUUGUGCACCAGAAAGCCAUUUGAGUUGUGCUGAAACAAAGCCAUGUCUGUGACCUUGGUUGUUUUGUUUGUUUUUAGCACUUUUGUAACAUUUCAGUCCAGUGCCAGUACUGAUCUACCCAAUGGGAGCAAAUUUUAGAGAUGAACGUCGACUCUGAAUGAUUUUAUGUACUUUUCAUUAAGUUCUUGUUUUUUCUACUCAAAUGCCAUGUUGUGGGAUUGUAUAUGCCACAUACUUUUGUUAUAUAUUGAACGAAAACGAAUAACAAUGAUGCCCAAUGUUUUCAUUCACUCCUGUUGCACACUGUAGCACUACAGUAAAACAUUUUAACCCUGUCACUGCCUCUGUCAUUAGUAAUGUCUAAUUUACUCUUUUAAAUGUUGAAACAAUUUAAGCAAAAUAG